CAAAAUGUUAAAGCUUAAUCCCAGCUCCUGCAUCUCUCUGUUAUCUUCUCGUUCCCACAUUCCCAUUUUUGCCUAAAAGGGCGAUUUUAAAACCCGAGAAAUUGAGAUUUUGGCGAAGUUUGUUGAACGGAUCCAGGGUUUUCACUUUCCCAUUCAAUUUACCAAUGCACAUUGGUUCUUGUGUUUUCUAGUUCCUUGUCAUAAUUUAUAUGCAUCAAAUCGUGUUUUUUUAUAUUAAUUCAGAAAAAUAAGCGAUCUUUAGGUUGAUUUUGCAUGGGAUUGUCUCAUGCUUAUUCAAAAUCCUGUUUUUGCAGAUUCAUUCUUUCAUUCUUUACUGAUAUGUUUAGAUUGAAGUUUCUUAUAACUCAAUUGUCCUGUAAUUUUUGUUGAAAAUAGAACAGAAAUUUUGCCUUUUUUUCUUUGUAAGUAAAGUGCAAUGGAGAAAAAAUUUAUCUCUAGAAAGGGUUAUGCUUCCCAGUGCCCUGGUUUGGAUUCAUUCGUCUUCUUCCGAUUUUAAUUGAUUUUCAUCGUGUUUGUCAGUUUGUGUGGCAAUAUGCAGAUUGACAUUUUAUGGAAAGAUGAAAUCUUUAUGUAAUUUACAGCUUUAUGUUGAACAGACUUUUAUAUGUGUUUCUUCCACUAGCACGUGGUUACAAGUAUUUCAAUCUGUCAACAAUUUAACUUCGCUUGAAAUGAUUCAUUUUGGAUUUCAGUGUCAUCCAUGCUGUACUGCUGCAAUGAGAUCUACAUUUAGGUCCUCUUACUUGUGCUAUCACUGCCGUCGUCUAAAAGUGAAUCUUCCAUGGAUUUUUAAGAUUUGAAUUGCAUUCGUAGAGAUUCUUUUGGUAAUUACGCGUGUGGUAAUACUUGAAUGGUCAAAAUAAUGGUUUUCUGAAAUUGCAGUCCUCAUAAUAAAUAAUGAUGGCUCCACUAUUUCAAAUUAUUCCCACCUGUAUGUAAACAAUGUCUUACUUGGUUGUAUAAAUUGCAUCAGAGCACUCUGUUGUUCCUGGUUUUCUUAAAAUGCAAGUCCUACUCGGGAAACUGUGAGCCCCGAUCAACAUAUUUUGGACAAUAAGAUGCUAUGGAAUCAUGAGCCUUAGUCAAAUUAUAAAUGCACAAGAAAUAUACUUCAAUGUCUUUAGUUCUUUUAUUGUUCUCUUUGUCUUUUUUGCCGCAAUAACUUUGUCGUUUACUAUGAUAUGGCUGCUGAACAAUGAUAUACUGAUAUUUCAAUUAUUGCAGUUGUUGAAUUGGCAACAGCAUAUAGACACUAAACCCUAAUCUUAUUUGAAACGAAAUCUUUCUGUUCUCUAUUCCAGUUUUUGCCUUUAUUUUGUAUUUUAGAGGACAAGUAACAAUACCCAUUUACAAAACUUGAUGACAAGCUAAAGGUCUCCAAGGAAAAUUCUUAUGUAUAUCAAAACAUAUCAAUUCAAUUAUAUAGCACACUACGAUAUCAAACAACUUACGGAGGAAACACAUGUAAGAAACAUUAGUUAAGUCAUUAUAGACUAUUGUGAAGAUGUGUUUUAGAACAUCAGCCUCUAGCGUGAAGGUAAACAAUUGUGUUAAUGUACACUGCAUAACUUUUAUGCACCUAUUUCUUUGAAAUUGUGAUUUUUAUUUCAAGGCCUGUUAAAUAAUUUUGGAAACAAAUACAGUUUAUGACCAAUUUUUCUUUACUUCUUUCAGAAUAUGGAGAGACAUCAUAUGAAUUAAUGGGUCGAGAUACAAGCUAUAUUUCUAUAUAAUGCUUAUUACACCAACAUGUUAAGUAUCAACAAUCAAUUCCAAUGAACUAAACAAGUUGUACGAGUAAUUCUGUAGGACAUCAUGAUCUUUCUAACACUAUGCAAUCAAUUACUGUUGAUUGAGCUGGAGGAAUAAAUGAAGUAAACGUAAAAACCAAACAUAACUAAACCAAUUUACCACGUCUAUGUGUUCUUUUAGGUUCUUUGGCUAUUCAUUUAUUUCACGCAUGCCAGUCUGGACGAGGCAAAAGCUCCAAAGUUGGUUUGAGUUAUUCACUGACAGUAAUUCUGCUUAUACAGGAUGUAAACGGUUUCAAUUUUAUUGUCAUACAGGCCUGGAUUGUUAUGAUUUCUGGAAAAGAUCAUGGUACAGUGCCUAGAAGGAGUGAAGCUUCUGCUUUCUGCAGUUAUGAACUUCUGUGAUUCUGAAACGUAUAAGCAACCUAAUUGCUUGGGACAUGCUGAAGCUCUUGCAAGGGAGACUGUAUUUAGUGUAAGUGAUAUAGAAGCACUGUAUGAAUUGUUUAAGAAGAUCAGCAGUGCAGUGAUUGAUGACGGACUCAUCAACAAGGAGGAGUUCCAGCUUGCACUUUUUAAGACAAACAAAAAGGAGAGCUUGUUUGCUGAUCGGGUGUUUGACUUGUUUGAUACAAAGCACAAUGGUCUAUUAGACUUUGACCAGUUUGCAUGCGCUCUCUCAGUUUUUCACCUAAAUGCUUUAAUUGACAAUAAGAUUGAUUGUAACAAUCAUCCUUUUAUUGUCAUUGUUUUUCCUUUUUCUCCAUAUUAUUAUGGUUUUACUUUUCUGUUUUCUGAAACAUUUUUUCUUGAAAGAUUUUCAUUCCAGUUAUAUGAACUCAAACAGCAAGGAUACAUUGGAAGACAGGAGGUAAAGCAAAUGGUAGUGGCCACACUUGCUGAAUCUGGCAUGAAUCUUUCGAAUGAUGUGAUAGAAUGCAUCAUUGAAAAGACCUUUGAGGAAGCUGACACUAAACAUGACGGGAAGAUUGACAAAGAAGAAUGGUGGAGCCUAGUAAUACAACAUCAAUCUCUCUUGAAGAACAUGAUCCUUAAAUACCUCAAAGACGUAACGACCACAUUCCUGAGCUUUGUAUUUUACUCACAAGUCGAUGAUACCUGAGUUCCGAGGCUUUCUCUGGUGAGACAACAUGGCAAUUCUGCGUGUAGACAUUUACAAGGAAAGCGCUGGCCUGAUCGGAUGCAGAGAGGCUGUGUCGAAUUCUUUAUUCCUUACCUUGUUGGCAAAUUUUUAGAUUGCAUAUUUUCCUGUUCAAAAUGUUGAACAUUGUGUGUGUGUGUGUGUGUGUGUAUAUAUGUUAGAUUUCUUGCUUGAGUGGAUGCUUCGGUUUGUUGUUA